CUCUUACACUUUCUAAUAAAAACAAGCUUCACAAGUUUUAAUGGUAAAGCACGUAUUCAGAUUAAGACCAGCACCUCUCUCUGGUUUUGGCAGACAAGGAUGGUGCUAAUCAUUUUGAGCCUCCGAAAUCAUUUGUAGAAUCUAAAAAGAUCCAUUUUUUUUCAAGAAUCUCCGCAACUUAGUUUGAAUCGCCGAUUAAGGCACUCUGCCCAGAGGAUCUCAAUCCAUCGGACGGCCGACCAUCAAAAUGCAGAUGUCCACGGCUCAAAACUGAUACAACGACGACUGCUGGCUUUGCAAAUAAACAGCUUCCCAUGGCGUUACAACACUCUGUCUCUCUAAUUCCCAACUACAACAAGAAGAAGAGGUACUCUUGUUACAGGUAUGCUUCAGUCUGUUGCCAGAAGCAGCAGCCCCGACAAGAUGACAGUUGUCCUGCUAAAAUGGGUCGCAGGGAGAUAAUACUGAGGACCAGUGAAUUUGCGCUGCUUGGAUCCAUUUUCAGCUUCAGUGGACCAAAGCCAAACUACUUGGGAGUGCAGAAGAGUCCUCAGGGUUUAGCUCUAUGCCCGGCCACCAACAAUUGCAUUUCCACUUCCGAGAACAUCAGUGAUCUCACUCACUAUGCUCCUCCGUGGAACUACAAUACUGAAGAGAAGCGUGGUAAAGUUAGCAAAGAAAAGGCAAUGGAAGAGCUUGUUGAAGUGAUACAAUCUACAAAACCAGACAAGUUUACACCAAAGAUUGUGGAGAAGAAGGAUGACUACUUGCGUGUAGAAUACGAGUGUCCCAUUUUCGGGUUGGUGGAUGAUGUCGAGUUUUGGUUCCCCCACGGAAAGAAACCUCUAGUACAAUACAGAUCUGCAUCACGAAUUGGAAGUUAUGACUUUGAUGUGAAUCGGAAGAGGAUCAAGAUGCUGAGAUUGGCUCUGGAGAAGAAGGGAUGGUUAUCAGAAGAUGUACUAUUUGAGUAAAUGCACUUUGACUCUGUGAGGAAGAACACUGCCGACAACUAUCCAAUUCGGAUCGGUCGUCGUUCAAAUUCCAGAGAUUGAACAGCAGCAACACAGCAACCCAACAGCGGCACAACGAAGUGCUAGCAAGGGAAACAAUGGACAGGAACCUCUCUCGACAGCAGAGAACCGACGGUGGUUGCAUUCGAAUGGAGACCGACUGAACUUCGAUGGGGGCAACAUCACGACAAUAGCGACGUUGGGAUCUCGACCGCAUGGACUAUGCGUGACCCGACCAGAGCUCACACCAACCGGCAACAAACGACUAGUGGCGACCUAACUAGAUCUAAAAAAUCCUAGCCACGAGCAGCGACUAAACCUGUCUCCAAAGUUGCGUGGACAUCCGAUAGAUGGUGUACGACCAAGGGGCAGCCUUCAGGAUACCUUACGCUGGGCAGCCACAGGCCUAAAAGAACACUUUCCAAUGGGAAUCCUAAAAUUUUGCAGUAGUUAAACGUGUUGGAAAUUAAUAAUAAAUCUUAUAAUCCUCAAUGAGGGUUAGGGCAUUUUAGAGCUGAAAAUUAUGUUGGUGUAAUCAUGUGCUUUAUUGGAUUGUACAUUGUGUUUUACUCCAUGUACUUCUUAAAGAAAUAAAAAUUUCCGUUUAACUCCCGUCUAGCUCCCCGUUACGGCCCAUUAUAAUUUCCGUUUACCUCCUGCUAUUACGGCUUAAGUGCUUGACCCUGAUUUCACACAGCUAGAGCUCCCCCGCUUCAAUCUCGAGCGCCCCGAACCUUGUAUUCGCGCAUGGCAGCUAUCAACCGCGUCUGAACCAAACCACGCUGGCUCCCAUCUUUCCUCCUUCAUGGGCCAACUGUCUAGUUAUGGAUGAUGUACGGGCUUCAUUCUCCAGAUGACAAAUAUAAAUGGGUUUGUGCGCAGCCUUAGGAAAAACUUCAGCGCUUCCGGACCUCAUAUGCACUGUAAAUGUGUUGCGCGAUUGUAGGAAGACAUAUAAUGCAUCAUGAUUAUGCAGAUACGAGGAUGGAUUAUUUUUGGAGAUCUGUUGAUGAAGACAUAGUUUAGCAACUAGCAAGGCCAUGUGGAAAAGGUGACAAUGGCCGGAUGAGAUUUAUGCUUUUGCGUACGGACCUACAAAUGGCACAUGGAUGAAAACUAUGAUCCAUCUACUUCAUUGGUCGGAAAGAAGAGUGUUUGUCUGCCAGUGUGCGUUGUAUUAAGUUUAUGACAUGGAUUCAAAAUCAGAGAAACUAGCACUAAAUGGGAAAAUGGCUGGGAAGCCAAUUCAGUGCCGAGCUGGGGAGCCGUUGGUAUAGAGGAGGUGAUUGUGGCUCCUCCCAAAUCCAUGAUUUUGCAUCAAGAUUAUGUGCACUUCUCUCUGUCAUAACAAUGUUGUCUUCUGGAACCUGCAAAUAGGGUAGAACUCCUUUGAUCACGAGACCGUAUUUCCUCAAAUGUAAUCGAACCUACAAAUGGCACAUUAAUGAAAACUAUGAUCCAUCUACUUCAUUGGAUCUCGCCUUCACAACAUGGAGGGGAUACAUACUUCUGAUACACUUGUCAUUUUAGAUACCCGUACUCCGUUUACCACUCCGUUUUUUCAGUAAAAUAUUGUUUGAUUUAAGCGAUUGAAACUAAUCUUUAUGUAUUCUUGUAAGGGAGUCUAUUUGUAUAGUGUAGUCUGUACUGAUUAAAUAGAUCAUCUAAUUAGCGGUUUGUAUUCUUAGGUCAUUUAUAGUGUAUUCUUUUUAGCUCAAUAUUCAACUCUAAAGAUAAAUGUGGUAUAUGUGGUUUUGUGAAAGGUAAAAGGUAUUGUUAUACUCA